AUGGACAGAGCCAAGGCAGUCGCUGGUGGCUUUCAUGUCUCAUCCCAGACCAUCAGAAGAGGCACUGAUCACUUCGUCAGACAACUUGGAUCGGGCCUCUUAAGCGACGGAACAGCUCUGCUGCAGGUCCCUUCCUACGUGACCAGUCUUCCCAAUGGCACCGAGAAGGGUUCCAAGGCCGCUAUUCCAGCGGAUUUGGUCACGGCCAAGACAUACAGAGACCUGUUUGGCUUUAUUGCAAGGCAUACAGAAGUUUUCAUGCAGGAGCACAUGCCGGGCCCCUUGGACUCGUGGCGGUGUAUUGUCAAGGACGGACAGGUCACCGAUGAGCUCCGUCGUCAACGUCUACAUCCCCUGGGCUUCACUUUCAGCUUCACGUUCAAUCAACAUGCCAUUAACAAGGGCACACUGAUGUACUGGACCAAGGCUUUCAACAUCAAUGAUGCUGUCGGUCGCGAUCCCUGCGCCAUGCUACAAGAAGCACUUGAUGAGCUGCAUCUGCCCCUUCUGGUGACGGCUCUCGUCAAUGACACCGUAGGGACACUGGCAGCGCGAGCGUAUGCCUCACCUGGUCGCUCAGAGACCUUGCUUGGUGCUAUCUUCGGCACUGGCACCAACGGAGCCUAUGUUGAAAAGAUGACCAACAUCAAAAAGCUACAUUCGCAUCCUGGCUUCGCGGACCCUGGAAAGGCCGAAUCCAUGGCGCUCAACACGGAAUGGGGUGGUUUUGACAAGGAGCUGUCAGUAUUGCCAACCACUAUAUAUGACGAAGCGCUCGAUCGAGCUUCUGUCAAUCCAGGGGAUCAGCAUUACGAGAAGCGCAUCUCGGGACUCUACCUGGGCGAGCUGCUCCGGCGAGUCAUCUUGGCCGAGAUGCAAUCCCUCACGCCUUGUUUCAGCAUGUCUGCGCCGUCUGAUUCGCGACUGCACAUACCUUACUCCAUCGACAGUUCGUUCCUAUCCAUGCUUGUUCGUGACCAAAGUCCGACUCUGGAACGCGCUCGGGAAGACAUCAGCAAGGUUCUCAGCGUUAGCCAGCCGUCUGUAGCUGAUGCCGCAGCAUUGCAAGUCAUAGCUGGAGCCAUAGGAGAAAGGGCGGCGAGACUCUCCGCGAUUGCCAUUGCGGGCAUCGUAGUUCAGUCAGGACGGCUCAGCAGCACUCCGCUCCUGAAGGGGCCUUCUCUGCGGAUGAUGACAACGCGGCCUUCAUUUCUGGCCCGGCUUUGGUCAGCUUGCCGGAUGGCGCUGGGUACUGUCAUGGGCUGCAUCCAUCAUUUCUUCCACACUGAAAAAGUCAAGUCCGAUUCCACAAGUCAAGAGGUAUCUUCAGAUCUAAGCUACAGCAGCGAGGAAGGGAAAUGGGAUGUCUCUUCAGAGGUCGACAUGAUCGAUAUUGGCGUCGAUGGGUCGCUUUUCGAAUUCUUCCCUGGAUUUGAGGACCAUGUUCGAACUGCACUAAGGGAAAUUCCAGCCAUAGGGCCCCUUGGUGAACAGAGGAUACAGAUGGGAACUGCACCUGAUGGAAGUGGCGUGGGUGCGGCGUUGAUCGCGUGGGCGUCUAAAAAGACAUGA